CUUCCCGCAUCCUCAUUUCAUCACAGAGACUACCCGAUUGAGUCUGAACGAACCAUAAUUGCAUAGUACAAUAUGGCCAAUAUUCAAACACAGCCAACUUACACAAAUGAACAGGUAGAAGCUUACUUCAACCGACUUCAGGUGCCUAGGAAUCGUCGUCAAUACGAUGCUGCAUCUUUGACGCCUGAGGAGCAGUUGGAGUAUCUCACAGUUCUACUGAAACACCAUUUUGUUCGUAUUCCAUUCGAAAAUCUAUCUCUGCACUACUCUCAGCAUCGACAAAUAUCGACGCACCCAGAGGAAUUAUUCAACAAGAUCAUCGGUGACAAUAAUGGGCGUGGUGGUUAUUGUAUGGAGAACAAUUGCCUCUUUGCCACUUUACUCCGUUCUUUGGGCUUCAAAUUAUUUUCCGCCGGUGCAAGAGUCUUCGACGGCGGGAAAUGGAGUGGAUGGAGCCACAUGGUGAACAUCGUCACGAUUGGAAACAAAAGAUACCAUACCGAUGUUGGCUUUGGAGCAAACGGUCCAAUUGUGCCCAUGGAACUCGAUAAAUCGGGACCUACACAACUACACAUAUACCCAGCAACUGCUCGCCUUCAAUGGGAUAAUAUCCCUGGAAAUACCGAUGAGCACCAACGGCUCUGGAUCUAUCAACACAGAAUCAACAAUGAAUCGGAUUUUCAGACUACCUACUGCUUCACCGAACUGGAGUUCCUACCUAUUGACUAUUCUAUUAUGAACUAUUACACGAGUACCUGUCAAAGAUCUUUCUUCACGAGGACGAUCAUCGGAGAGAAGAAGUUGGUCAGCGAGGACGGCGAGACGCUUAUUGGAAAUUUGAUCUUGGGCAACGGUGACAUCAAAUGGAGAGUCAACGGGGUCAAGGAGAAAGAGAUUGCAUUUGCAUCUGAAGAAGAUAGAUUGAAAGCGUUGGAGGAACAUUUCGGGAUCCACUUUAGCCAAUCAGAAAGGGAUGGUAUCCGUGGCCUUGCAUCAGAGCUAAAAUGA